CACAAACAACCACACACAAUCACAUACACACCGACAGACACGCAUUUAACCAUCUUUGGUCGGAUGCUAAAGUUGCUCUGCUACGCUCUGCUUUGCUAUUGUGCUGGUGGUAGAACAACACAAAACUCAAUGGAAUAAUAACAAACGCCGCCGGUGUUAAUGUUGGUUGGUAUUGUUGUAAUCAUUUGCUAAGGACCAAAGGACGAUGAUGAUGAAGAAGAAAAUUUUAAAACCAAACAACAAGAACUAAAAACAAGCAGUAACAGCAGUAACAAAGUGUGUGUAAAUAAUUUUGUGGUUUUGCACUAAAUAAUUCAUGACAAACAUCAUAAAAAUAAUAAAUAAAAAAGUAAAAGUGUUUAAGUGAAAUUUAUAAAUAAAUAAUAAAUUAAUAAAACAUAAAAAACAACUAAAAAGGAAUACUUAAACGAAAAGUAAAUCAAAAGUGAUCAAUAGACCGUAAUAAAGUGAAAUUGAUAGAUUAAUGAAUUAACUUUUAUUUAUUAACAAAAAGACUAGAACACAAAGAUGGAUCAUCCUAAUCUUCCCUUUGGUUUUGCCCUACCAGGACACACACACCCACCCAUACCACCAACAGCAAAUAUGCUAGGACCCCACCCCAGUGGUCAUCCCGGACCAACAUCUAGUCCACCACAAAGUGUGCCUGGUAGAAGAACACCUCUAGGUUCUGUUGGUCUGGGAGGUUUCUAUGCUCAAGGUUUGGGUAUGUUACCGCCGGGAGAUGAAAAUAAACCAGAUUCAGGUGUGGGAGCAGCAAUGGAUAAAGCAAGUCCUAAUUUAAUGUUAGCACCCUCAACAAGUAGUAGUGGAAUAGGAACUUCUGCAGCAGCGGGGCUAACAGCUUCUGGUGGUGGAGGAGGUGGAAGUAGCUCGGGUUCUACUGGAGGUGGUGGGGGUAAACAGAAGAAUAGACAAGGCAAAACUGUGAGAUUAAAUAUAAAUGCAAGAGAGCGUCGUCGCAUGCACGAUUUAAACGAUGCCUUAGACGAACUGCGCAAUGUGAUACCGUAUGCUCAUUCUCCUUCAGUGCGUAAACUUUCCAAAAUUGCUACUCUAUUGUUGGCUAAAAAUUAUAUACUUAUGCAACAGAAUGCUAUAGAGGAAUUAAGAAGACUUUUAGCUUAUAUACAAAGCACCACUGGAGCCGCUCCCUUGGAUUUGGCUUCAUUUCCUGCAGCUGCUAAGCUUCAAGCUUUGCUGCAGAGUGCGGGCAGUGAAUUUAAUGAUCCACCCGGUAGUAGUUAAAGUUAAGAUAAUACUAGUUCUCCAGAAAAGUAUUUUGAGUAAUUAUUAUAUUUAGUUAUAAUGAGUUUAAAGGAGAUCAGUAGGUAUACAAGAGAUCGCAAAAUAUGAUCUUCAUUAAUGCUCACUAACCGCUAAUGAAUUAUUUUCAAUACAAGUCAUCUUGAGUAUAUAUUCUUACGAAUUUCAUUAAGUUAUACAAACUCAAAGUGAAACUUGGUUGAGGCAGGUCCUUAAGUUAUAACGAGGUCUGUAAGUUAUAACAUUUUUCGUAAAAACGUAAAAAGUAAAUAAAUCCCCUUCAUUGAUAUAUUCAAAAAUUUAAAUUUUCUAAAAAAAAUUUAAAUUAAUAGAACUAAUUACAUCAGAAAUU